AUGUUUGCAGCUGUCUUCCAGAGGACCACACUGGGCAUGGACACCUUUUUCCAUACCUGGAGGAGCACGGGUGGUAGCAUAGUCGUCCGAUCACGAAGCUGCUAAGCCAUCCCAGGCAGAGGCGCCAGGAGAGGAGGGCAGCGUGCAAGGCCACAUAGCCAUGCCUUUUGGUCUGAAGCUCCGCCGGACACGGCGCUACAACGUCCUGAGCAAGAACUGCUUUGUCACCCGGAUCCGCCUGUUGGACAGCAAUGUUAUCGAGUGCACACUGUCGGUGGAGAGCACGGGGCAGGAGUGCCUGGAGGCUGUGGCCCAGAGGCUGGAGUUGCGUGAGACGCACUACUUUGGCCUUUGGUUUCUCAGCAAGAGCCAGCAAGCACGAUGGGUGGAGCUGGAGAAGCCUCUCAAGAAGCAUCUGGACAAAUUCGCUAAUGAGCCUCUGCUUUUCUUUGGAGUCAUGUUCUAUGUGCCAAAUGUGUCUUGGCUUCGGCAAGAGGCCACAAGAUAUCAGUAUUACCUGCAAGUCAAAAAAGACGUGCUUGAGGGGCGAUUACGGUGUACGUUGGAACAGGUGAUUCGGCUAGCCGGCUUAGCUGUGCAAGCUGAUUUUGGAGACUAUAAUCAAUUUGAUUCUCAAGAUUUUCUCAGAGAAUAUGUGCUAUUUCCUAUGGACCUGGCCCUGGAGGAGGCUGUUCUGGAGGAACUGACCCAGAAGGUAGCCCAAGAACACAAAGCCCACAGUGGAAUCCUGCCAGCAGAAGCUGAGCUUAUGUACAUCAAUGAAGUGGAGCGUUUGGAUGGAUUUGGACAAGAGAUUUUCCCUGUGAAGGACAAUCAUGGAAACAGUGUGCACCUUGGCAUUUUCUUCAUGGGCAUUUUCGUGAGGAACAGAAUUGGAAGACAAGCAGUAAUAUACAGGUGGACCGACGUUGGGAAUAUCACUCACAACAAGUCGGCGAUUCUGGUGGAGCUCAUCAACAAAGAAGAGACCGCCCUCUUUCACACGGAUGAUAUCGAAAAUGCCAAGUAUAUUUCUCGGUUGUUUUCUACAAGGCACAAGUUUUAUAAACAAAACAAAAUCUGCACUGAACAAUCAAAUUCUCCACCCCCCAUCAGACGCCAACCCACCUGGAGCCGGUCCUCUCUGCCCAGGCAGCCGCUGUGCAUUCUGCCACCCAUGCACGUCCAGUGUGGCGAGCACUACUCGGAGACACACACUUCACAAGACAGCAUUUUCCAUGGGAACGAAGAGGCCUUCUAUUGCAACUCUCACAACAGCCUGGAUUUGAAUUAUUUAAAUGGCACCGUCACCAAUGGCAGCGUGUGCAGCGUUCACAGUGUCAACUCACUCAACUGCUCGCAAAGUUUCAUCCAGGCUUCUCCCAUGUCCUCCAACCUCAGUAUCCCUGGAAGUGACAUCAUGCGGGCCGACUACAUACCUAGCCACCGGCAUAGUGCAAUCAUCGUGCCAUCUUACAGGCCAACCCCCGAUUACGAGACAGUUAUGCGUCAGAUGAAGAGGGGGAUCCUGCAUACAGACAGCCAGAGCCAGUCCCUGCGGAACCUCAACAUCAUCAACACCCACGCCUACAACCAGCCAGAGGAUCUGGUGUACAGCCAACCGGAGAUGCGGGAGAGACACCCCUACACCGUCCCUUAUGGGCCGCCAGGGGGCUAUGGUAACAAACUUGUCAGUCCAUCUGACCAGAUGAACCCGAAGAAUAACACAGUACCGAGCAAGCCCGGGACAAGUGCCAUCUCGCACACGGUGAGCACCCCGGAGCUGGCCAACAUGCAGCUCCAAGGCUCCCACAACUACAGCGCAGCCCACAUGCUCAAGAACUAUCUCUUCAGGCCACCGCCCCCCUAUCCCCGGCCCCGCCCUGCCACCAGCACCCCAGACCUUGCCAGCCAUCGCCAUCAGUAUGUCAGCGGCAGCAGCCCGGACCUGGUGACCCGGAAGGUGCAGUUGUCAGUGAAGACCUUCCAGGAGGACAGCUCCCCAGUGGUGCACCAGUCUCUCCAGGAGGUGAGCGAGCCCCUGACGGCCACCAAGCACCACGGCACGGUGAACAAGCGCCACAGCCUGGAGGUGAUGAACAGCAUGGUGCGGGGCAUGGAGGCCAUGACGCUCAAGUCGCUGCACCUGCCCAUGGUGCGCCACAACACCCUCCGGGAGCAGGGCCCACCCGCUGAGGGCCCUGGUGGCCAUGAGGCCCGCCAGCUGCCGCAGUACCGCCACCAGAAGACGUUCUCCGACGCCACCAUGCUGAUCCAUAGCAGCGAGAGUGAGGAGGAGGAGGAGGCCCCUGAGGUGGUGCCGCAGAUCCCCGCGCUCCGGGAGAAGAUGGAGUACAGUGCCCAGCUGCAGGCGGCCCUGGCCCGGAUCCCCAACAAACCCCCGCCCGAGUACCCGGGACCCAGGAAGAGCGUCAGCAAUGGGGCGCUGAGGCCAGACCAGGUCAGCCUGCCCCCCGCCAUGGCCAGAGCCAGGGUGCUGAGGCCGGGGCCCGCCAAGGCCAUCAGCGUGUCCCGACCUGACCAGCUGGCUGUCAACGGGGCCUCCCUGGGUCCUUCCAUCUCUGAACCUGACCUGACGAGCGUGAAGGAGAGGGUCAAGAAGGAGCCUGUGAAGGAGAGACCUGUGUCUGAGAUGUUCUCCCUGGAGGACAGCAUCAUAGAAAGGGAGAUGCUGCUGAGGAAUCUAGAGAAGCAGAAGAUGGCAGGUCUGGAGACACAGAAGAGGCCGCUGAUGUUGGCAGCGUUGAAUGGGCUCUCGGUGGCACGGGUCUCGGGGCGGGAAGAGAGUCGAGUUGAUGCCACCCGGAUUCCCAUGGACGAGAGGUUCAGAGCCUUGAAGAAGAAGCUAGAAGAGGGUAUGGUGUUCACAGAAUAUGAGCAAAUUCCAAAGAAAAAGGCAAACGGCAUUUUCAGCACAGCGGCUCUUCCAGAAAAUGCUGAGCGCAGCCGAAUCCGCGAGGUGGUCCCCUAUGAGGAGAAUCGAGUGGAGCUGAUACCAACCAAAGAAAACAAUACAGGAUACAUUAAUGCCUCCCACAUCAAGGUGGUGGUUGGUGGGGCAGAAUGGCACUACAUAGCCACUCAGGGGCCCCUGCCACACACGUGCCACGACUUCUGGCAGAUGGUGUGGGAGCAGGGCGUGAACGUGAUUGCCAUGGUCACUGCAGAAGAGGAGGGUGGACGAACCAAAAGCCACCGAUAUUGGCCCAAACUGGGUUCCAAACACAGCUCGGCCACCUAUGGCAAGUUCAAGGUCACCACCAAGUUCCGAACAGAUUCUGGUUGCUAUGCAACCACAGGCUUGAAGGUCAAGCAUCUUUUGUCUGGUCAGGAAAGGACAGUGUGGCAUUUGCAGUAUACCGACUGGCCAGAUCACGGCUGCCCAGAAGACGUCCAAGGAUUUUUGUCCUACCUGGAGGAAAUCCAGUCAGUCCGUCGCCAUACCAACAGCAUGCUGGAAGGCACUGAAAACCGGCACCCUCCCAUCGUGGUGCACUGCAGUGCUGGGGUGGGAAGGACCGGUGUGGUCAUUCUUUCUGAGCUGAUGAUCUACUGCCUGGAGCAUAACGAAAAGGUGGAAGUGCCAAUGAUGCUGAGGCUCCUCAGGGAGCAAAGGAUGUUCAUGAUCCAGACCAUUGCUCAGUACAAGUUUGUCUAUCAAGUCCUCAUCCAGUUCCUCCAAAACUCCAGACUCAUUUAAUCUUCCCGAUCCAACUCCUGGAGGAGGGACCCAGCUCCAAUGUGCAGAUGGAGAGUUACCUCCAGACAACAUCUACUCCCCCAGCGGGGACAGAUAGCUGGCAGCAGGCAGGCCACAGGCUCUCUGAAGACGGGAGUCAAGAUUACUUACAAGCAACAUGUAUUAUUUUAUAUGAGAUAAUUUAUUUUUUCCCCUUUGGAAUAACUUUUGUGAAUUAUUAUAAUACAGUUUUCACAUUAUUAUAGUA